AUGAGCUUUGAAGCAGAGAUUCUGACGGCUCCUCACGAUAAUUCAGAGCUAUACGUGGUCCCUUCCAUGAGAAGUCUAACGGCCGAGGAGUAUGUGGAGGCCUUCAAGUCGUUUUUGGAUCAUUCUACGGAGCACCAGUGCAUGGAGGAGUUCAAUAAGCAAGAAAUGCCCCACAUCAUGGCUGGCCUGGGUGAUGGGAAGUCCACAUUAAAUGUCCUGGGAGUUGGCAGCGGCACAGGUGAACAGGAUUUGAAAAUGAUCCGGAUCCUGCAGGCUGAACACCCGGGGGUCUUCAUUAACACAGAAAUCAUAGAGCCCAACCCACAGCACGUGGCAGUGUACAAAGAGUUGGUUAAUCAAGCUCCCGAUCUCCAGAAUGUCUCUUUUAUUUGGCACCAGCUCACUUCCUCUGAGUACGAACAACAGGUGAAAGAGAAGAGCGCACAUAAGAAGUUUGACUUCAUCCAUAUGAUUCAGAUGCUGUACCGUGUGGAAAAUAUUCCUAGUACAAUCAAGUUUUUCCACAGUUGCCUAGACCAUCAUGGUAAACUCCUGAUCAUAAUUUUAUCAGAUGGUAGUGGAUGGGCCACCUUGUGGAAGAAGUACAGACACUGCUUGCCUUUAACGGACAGCGGCCACUACAUUACCUCCAAGGACAUCGAAGAUAUUUUGAAGAGAAUUGGGGUUGAAUACCAAGUUUAUGAGUUCUCGUCUGGCUGGGACAUCACAGAGUGCUUUAUUGAGGGGGAUCCGGUUGGAGGCCUCAUGAUGGAUUUCCUAACAGGGACAAAAAACUUCUUGGGCACUGCACCCCUGGACCUGAAGAAGGGUCUCCAAGAGGCCCUCUGCCAGCCCGAAUGCAGCAGCAGGAAGGACGGGAGGAUCAUCUUCAACAACAACCUGAGUAUGAUCGUAGUUGAGUCCUAAUGCCUGGGCCAGCUGCAGAGGACACACAGGGGUGGGUGUAGGGUCAGUGCUCUGCCCUAGCGGGGAGUAGUGUAGAAAGGAAGCAACUCACAAAAUUUGAGAAGGGGGGCAGCGAGAAAAAUGGGUUCAGCUUUCAGCCUCCUACUCACAGCUGGGAUUGACGCAACCAGGCUCAAUGCUGUGGAUGAGCUCUUUGCCCCAGUGAGGCCAAUGGAGCCAAGACUUCACCCCAGAUAUUUAGUCUGGUCUCAGGAGAUCGGCAAGGUCUGGGCUAGCCUUGAGCGUUUCCUGCAGGAGCCCAUGACAUGAGCUUGCACCACCCAACUGUGUAUCAUAGGCAAACACUACAUACUGACUGGGGAAGUCUUGGUCCACCACAUGGCUGUCCAGGGAGUAGUGUAGCUUCUCAGAAAAAAGAGUUACGCUUAACUAAAAGCCUACAGGGAGAUCUUUUUAAUGGUAUAGGUACUGUUGGUGGUUUUGACACUGGGAUUUCCAAUUCUCUCUCUGUAUACAGCAUGUUUACAUUUCCAAAGGCAUGUCUCUAUGGCUUGGUGCCUACGGUCGCUUUGCAGCUAGUCCUGGGGGAGGCA